AUGCCGCCGGAGAAGUCGAAAGGUGGGCGGCCGAGCGUCGCCUGUGUCAUCUGCCGAGCUGCCAGACGGGCCUGCGACGGCAAGUUUGCCGACUGCGCCAAGUACGUGUCGCUACCCACGACCGCCUCCGACGCUCCCGGCCCGUCCCAGCCAGCCUCGCCACCUCCGAGCCGGCCUGUUCGCUCCAAGGUGAGCCCGGGCGGCUCGGAGCAUCGCGGCGCUCCGGUUGCCCUCGCCGCCGAGCCGGCUUACUCGCCCGAUGAGAAAAUGCGCGACUAUACCGACCGACGCUACGAUCUCAAGCAGCGGCGGACGUCGGAAGAGGCGGUGGUCGCAGUGGGAGAGCAGCUGGCCUCCGCGGGCUGGGCGGCCGAUGCGGUCAUCGAGGAGGAUGGCAGGACGAGGAGCGGGCAGCUCGACUCCAAGCAGGCGGGCGGCCGGCUGAUGGAGCUGCUCGUCGUCGCCUUCGCCUCCGUGUCGCCGGACGCGCCGCUGUCCCUCCAGCUGGAGCAGGCGGCUGGCAGUCUGGGCAAGCGGCCGUUGCAGGCUGGCAUGCAGCCGCCAGCGGCGGCGGCAACGGCGGCGGCAGGCGAGCCGCUGCCCGGCAAGGCGCUGGGCAAGCGCAAGGCCGGCGCGGCCGAGCCCCAAGCUGAUGGAGCGGGCGGCAAAACCCGGGCUGCCCCUGCGGCGCGACUUGGCCGGCCGCCGUCCCUCGCAGCCUCCGGCGCGGCGUCGAUGGACACCGUGCAGGCGAUCGCAAGGCAGGCGCACGGCGCGCCCCGCAAGGCCAAGGCCGCGUUCGACGCGCAGCUGGAGGCCGCGGAGGGAGCGUCGUCGUCGACCACCAUCGUCGCCAAAGCCAAGGCGGUCUCGCAGAACCUCUUUCUUUCGUCGGGCAACCUCACCGAGGUGGUGGCGAGUUUGCUGCAGCGGCCGGAGCUACGGCCGAUCCUGUCGGCGCUAGGCUGGUCCGACAGUCAGCGGCGGCGGGGGUCGGACGACGCCGUCGUCACCUCGAUCCGCGACUUCCUCGCGACGCACCUGCACAGCGACGGGACGCGCUUUAGCGAGCAGCAGGCCGCUUUCAACGUCCUCGUACAGGCGGCUGCGGGCCCCCUGGUCAAGUCGGAGCGACACAUCGCGGCGGCGGCGGAGGCGCUAGGCGUGCGUUACGCCACCUUCAGGGAGCUGCUUGACGUGCGCGCCAAGAUGGACGCGGAGGCGGCGCACGAGGUCAAGGUUGGCGGCACGCUGCUGCUGGUAUGCCGCUACGACUCGAACCAGCGGACCGGCGGCAAGCGGGUCCGCCGCUUUGACGCCGAGCCGGGCUCCGACGGCCGCAUUCGCUUCGAGGUGCACGAGAAGCGCACGCUGCCCUGCUCGCGCAAGGAGCUCUGUGAGCGCUUCAUCAAGUCGCCCGAGUACUCAGGCGCAUGA